UGCUGUGUGUGUGUGUGUGGGUGUGUGUGUGUGUGGGUGUGUGUGUGUGUGGGUGUGUGUACAGUCAAAUCUCUGAGCAAUGCGCGCUAAGAAAGACCUCCCUGGUCCACAUUAGUUCAGUGUUUUGGAGCCUGACCUGCGUCUCGGUGGACCUCCUGAGAGAAGCAUGAGAACUUGGACUCAGCAGCUCACAGGACGAAUGAGCUGAACCUCCUCAGGGUAAUCCAUAGGGAACCAUGUACAGCUCGCUGAGCCCCAAGCAGGCCUGUGGACCUGGACUGACAGACAUGCAGCAGUACCACCAGUGGCUCUCCAGUCGACAUGAAGCCAGCCUGCUGCCAAUGAAGGAGGACCUGGCCCUGUGGCUCACCAAUAUGCUCGGUCUGGAAAUCACUGCCGAGAGCUUCAUGGAUCAGUUAGACAAUGGUUUCCUGUUGUGCCAGCUGGCUGAGACGCUGCAGGAGAAGUUCAGACAAAGUAAUGGAGAUCUGCCUGCUCCUGGCAGCAGCAGCAAGACCAGAAUCCCUCACCGGAGGAUACCGUGUCGACGGAGUGCUCCCUCCGGCUCUUUCUUUGCACGGGACAACACUGCCAACUUCCUGUCCUGGUGCCGUGAGGUCGGCGUCGGAGACACCUGUCUCUUUGAGUCCGAAGGUUUAGCGGUCAGUUCGUCGACACCAGUUCUUCACAAGCAGCCGAGAGAGGUGUGUCUCUGUCUUUUAGAGCUGGGUCGGAUAGCAUCACGUUACAACGUAGAGCCUCCAGGUCUUAUAAAACUGGAGAAGGAGAUUGAACAAGAGGAAAAGGAAAAGGCCCCUUUCCCUCCUCUGAUACCUGGACCUCCAGUUCAGCCCCUCAUUCCAUCACCCUCUUCAUCAUCCUCUCCAUCUCCGUCCCCUCCCCAAACACCAACCAAAGUGACUCCGAGCAAAAAAAGCACCGGGAAGCUUUUGGAUGAUGCGGUACGACACAUUGCCGAUGAUCCUCCCUGCAGGUGUACUACUAAGUUCUGCGUGGAGAGACAGUCGCAGGGUCGAUACCGAGUCGGGGAGAAGAUGCUCUUUAUACGAAUGCUGCACAACAAACACGUGAUGGUGCGAGUCGGCGGAGGCUGGGAGACCUUCGAGAGCUACCUGCUGAAACACGACCCCUGCCGCAUGCUGCAGAUCUCCAGGGUGGAGGGCAAGGUCUCCCCCAUCAGCAUCAAGUCCCCCAACAUCAAGGACCUCAGCCCGGACAGCUACCUCGUGGUGGCGGCCCAUUACCGCAGCAAGAAGUGAAGACUUAAAGGACAGAGGAGGACUUUGUGUUGCUGUUUUCUUCAUAACAAAGCAACACAUCUUUGUUUUUGUACAUUUUAAACCUUCACACAGAAACGAAAACACACCUGUAAAAUAAUAAUGAUCAGUUUAAGAGUGUUUGUUGGAGUCUGAGCCCAAUACGCUUGUAUACCUUUUUAAUUUAGUUUGUUUUUGACAAUUUAUUUACGUUUUUCUAACAUUUAUAAAAACUGAGUUGAAAAUUAUGUUGGUUUCAGUGGAACAGGCUAAACAAGGGGCGAGUGAAAAUUGUAGAUAUUCCAGAGAUUUAAUAUUCAAAUCAAUAAUUAUACUUGAAGGAGAACUUACUGAGUAUUAAAGUCUCUAUCACACCAUAACGUUUUAACUCAUGCCAGCUUCUGACAAUUUUGUCCAACAAUGUCUACGGUUUAGCUGGAAAAAUAAGAAAAAUCAACUGGAAGCCUCUUUUGGACGCAUACUGUAAUGCUAACAAUUAGAUUGAAUAUAACUUAUGAGCCGUUUUGACAAAUUUUUCGUAAAUCUUCAUAAGUUGUCUAAAACAUUCAUGUGAAAGGGCCUUUAGAGGCAUACGGUUUAAAUACAUAAAUAAAAGAGAAAUUUCAAUAUUUUUGUCAAUAUUCUGGGUCACACAGUUUUGUCUGUGUGACAAAAAAAGAAGACAUUUUAUACCUAUGGACUGUUUAUUUUUCCCAGCUUUCUAAAAGUACAUAAUUGAUUUAUGUAGAUUUUGUUAUGCAAUAAACUUUGAUUCUAGUAGGUA